AUGGCAGACGUUCCUGUGCCGGAGACCACUGCAGAAGAGGAGUUCGACCUUUUUGGUCCAGGACCAGCGCCUGAAGGUGCUCAGCAGGAAGCGAAUCCGUUUGCUCCUGUCCAAGGUCCGGCUCCUGCUCCUACGCAAGCAGCACAGCCUUCUGUACCAGCGGCGGGUUCGCCAGCUGGUGCUACUGUGCCUCCUGUGCAAAGUCCAAAGGCGUCGGCUCCACCUGUUCAGAGUCCGAAGGCUGCUGCUCCGAGUAGCAGCUCUGGUUCUGCAGGUUUUACGCCUGAGCAGAUGCCUGGAUUCAUGAUGGAAUUGCUUCGUCAGCAGAGAGAGAUGAUGGCAAUGAACCAGCAGCUCGUUGCGACGAUGCUCCGGAGAAUGGAUCUGGAGGAAGAGAGAAGGAACAAAGCGGAAGAGAAGGUUCACGAGGCAGCUGAAGCGGCCAAGCAGGCAGCAGAAGCAGCUAAGACUCGGGACCCCUUCCAGCCGAGCACUGCUCCCGCGAGCAGUUCUGCCGCGAGUUCGGCAGUUCCUCCGGCAGUCCCUUCUCCCUCUGGGUACUCUGGUGCUGGAGGCCGUGCAGAGAAGUAUCUGCCGAACCUUCCGGUGAUAGACCAUCAAGGCAUGGGGAAAGGGCGCAUGAAGGAGGUAGAGACUUGGCACUCCUUUAUGGAGACGCUGAGAAGCGAGCUCUUGAGGUCCUGCUCGAAGAGGCAGGGACAGAGCGCCUGCGGCUACGAGGUGAUUCGAACGAUUACCUCUCAGUACUCCAUCGUGUCACGGAUGGAAGCUGUCUUCGUGAGAGAACAGUCUUUGAAGUUGUACCAGCACGUUGGGCACAUGAAGAGGCCCACCGACUUGAUUCGACAUCUUGAGGAUUCGUUUUCGAAGUCGGAAGCGAAGCUGAGCAACUUCCCUGAGCUUAAGCUGUCUGAGGCUGACCGCUGCUCUGUUCUGUUGCAGAGUUUGAGCGCCGAAGUGAGACAGUACGUGGUUCUCCACGGCUCCAGUUCCGACUGGGAGGCCCUUCGGAAGACGCUCACCUACUACGAAGAGCAGCUGCGACUGUGUGAGGCCCCUGGGUCUUCAGGCCGAGCCUUGCAGGAGAAGCUUUGCGACUACUGUGGGAAGAAGGGACACACAGCUGACAAGUGUUGGCAGCGCCAGAAGGACGAACGCGGUGGUGCUCCGAAGGGCAAAGGGAAAGGAGACAAAGGAAAGCCGAAAGGCAAAGGCGACCAGACUCCCAAGGGAUCUGGCAAGCCCCGUGGUUCCGAGAAGGGCAAGGGCGACAGAGGAAAAGGCGACAAGGGCAAGGACAAAGGCAAGAAGCAGAAGAAGAAGAAGAAGGGACAGCCUGGAAAGGGACGCUCCUUGACAGAGCCCGAGUCAGAGGCCGAGUCGGGAGGAAGCGCCACAGUGAUGGCGAUGAGGUUUUCCUGUCCGGGGAAGCGGACGACUGCUCUUCGUGAGCGGCCCGCGAGUCGGAGUGAGAGUGCGGUGGACUCUGAGUCUUCCGAUCUCGACCUGCGAUCCCUGACCAGCUCCUCUGAGCCUUCGGCCGUAAGUCGGCUAAAUUUUGACUGCGUCUUUGGUGGCUACGAGACUAUGCUUCACGCCCUCUUUCAGGCCGGCUUUACUGCCGCGGAGAACCUGGGAGCUGAUCUGCGGGACUUGGACCUUGAGCAACAUGUGCAAUCGGUUUCCAGUAUGAAGGGGGCGGCCUCGCCUGGCUUGGGAAACAGGAGCUGGUCGGACGUUACACCGAGCAGGGCUGCGGCUAAGGGCAAGAGCUCGAAGUGGAUGAAGUGUGCGUUGCAUAGUGCGUCGUGGGUUGACGUCCUUGAUCACAAGAGGUCUGCUGCUUUGGAAAAGUGGAAGAUUAUAAUUUUGUCUUCGGGCGAAGAGACUGCUUUGGGUAAAGAACUACUGGCUUCUCAGCAGGAAGGGAGUCCUGAGGCGAUUGAUGAUUCGAUUUCGGAUGCUUUUCGCCGUAAAGCAACGUCUACCUUGAGGACCCGGGCAGCCUCACUGUUGAUGUUCUGCAGGUGGCGAGCCAACGAGUCCGGGUGUGCAGUGGUGGGUCUUUUUCCUUUGGACGAGAAGCUUGCGUACGAUUAUGUUGCUCACCUCCGAAGAUGCAAGGCUCCGAGGACCCGUGCUCCUCGCUUUCUCGAGGCGCUAGGCUUCGCGAAGGGCCUGCUGGGAGCCAAUGUGCAAGCCAUUCUUGAUUCAGCUCGUGUGCGUGGAGCAGCUGAAGGUACCGCCGAGGUUGAGGUCAAGAAGGCACCGCCUUUGAAGUGCCAUCAGCUCAAGUUUCUUGAGUGGUUUGCGGCGACACAGAGUGGGCAAGAGGCAGUCUUUAUUGGUCAUGUGUGCUUUUGUGUACAUGCGCGACUCCGUUGGGGCGACUCUCAAUAUUGCGCUUUGGAGCCUUUUAUUGACCUGUGUGAUGGGAACAGGCUGCUUCCGGCUGUGGCCGUGACUCCUGGGGUCUCCGGUGAGGCUUCCACUUGGCUGGGUGAAAUUCUGCGAAGGCAUGAUAUUGAGGGCUUGGGUCCAGGAAGUGGCACCAGGUCUUUUAAGCCGACCCUGCUGUCAUGGAUGACGAAGUCGGGGGCGCCCCCGGGCCUUCAGAGGUUGGCCGGGUAUCACAUCGAGCCUGGGUCGAAGAAUCCUUUGGAGUACGGGCGCGAUGCUAUGGCACCGGUCCUCCAGUAUUUGGAGAGCCUUCUUUCAGUGAUGGCUGCUGGCUUGUUUGAGCCCGACCGUACUCGGUCGGGGCGCUGGAUAGGCUGCAGGUCCUUGGAAGAUGCGCUGAGGCAAAUUGCUCGAUCUUCGGGGAGUGGUCACGGCUCCGAUCUCUGGCGGGAUGCUGGUGUGGCUCCGUUGGACUCUGCACAAUCGUUUGACGAUGCUCUGAGGGGACUUGCCGAUCCUUUCGUGCGGGGAACCAGCCCGGAUCCUCUUCAGUGCGAGGGGGAUCUCCAGGCGGAACCGGCAGAACCUGAUGAGGAUUGGGACGCGGCUUACAGAGAGGCUGGCUUCGACGGUGCAGAUGCCGGUGGUAUUGAUUUUGAGAACGACCUUGGGCGUUCUUCUGAGGGGGCUUCCGAGGAGGGCGCCGAGUCCUCUUCUUGCUCUUUGCAGGACGAGGAGGAAUCAGAUGAUGCCGAUCGCUUGGCGGAGCUGGCGGGACCGAUCGUGGCAGAGGCCGUUGUAGGUGGUGCCGACCUUCCUGAUAGCUCUCUCUUUAGACACGUUGUCAGUGGCAUUUUGCACAGGGCACGAGUUUUGAAUCCUGACGAGGAUGGUAAGGGCUGGGGCACUUUCGCGAAUUUUGCCUUCUCGACCUCGUUCAUUCCGGGGCAAGGGGAAGACAGUGUCUUCGUGCGAGAUGUUGUCGUUGCAGUGCUGGGAAGUUCUGAUCAUGCAUCGGCGGCUGCGUUGAGGAGGCUUCACUUUGAGAGUUACACACUGACGGCAGCUGAGCUCAAGAGGCAAACUGAGGCAACGGAAAGCGAUUUGCCUCGGAAGCUGCCGCCGGCCGAGAUUGCAAGCAGGAUCGAGGCGCUUCAGAGGAAGGUGCUGCCGCUGCUUAUCGAGGACAGCCUCGAGCCUUCGCAUGCGGUCGUGAAUCUCGUGUCACAGUGCGUCGAAGACCAGAGGGUCAGAUACAUUGAGUUGUGCCGAGUGACCACCAGGAAUCAGGAGGUCAAUUCUCUCAAGGAGGUCCCUUCUCUGAAGAUGCUCCAGCCUGACCGCUCGGGCGUGCUGCGAGCGGUCCCGACUCAGGACUCCUUAAGGGCGGCCGUCAGUACCGAACUUGAAGUCUUCCAGGCCCUUCGAAGGCGUGACAUUGCUUAUGAGUUGGGCGGGUACAUGUCUUUUGCAGCUCACGAGCAGUUGGUUUGCUUCUUGAUUCGCGAGUUGCAGAAGGACACCCUGCCGGGUUGCGGGCGAGUGACCUUGAACCAGGUGCAGUCGGCCGACCGUGAGGUCCAUAUCCAGCUGGCGCGAAAGACGCGUGCUGGGUUUGAGAUUCCGGGACCUGGCGAGCUGCCUUUGGAUGAUCAUCUGGCAAAAGUGCUGGAGAUGCCCUCGAUUCAUUGGAUCCUUAUGCCUCCUCGACUCGGGGGCAAGAGUGCUCCUGUUGAGGUUGAGGAUCAUGAGUCGUUGGGUACGCCAACGGGCACCAAGAAGCGAAAGCGCAAAAAGAAGAAGCAGCCGGUCAAAGAGACCGAGGCUGGCAAAGUGCCACCUCCUCCUGAGCCACCGGCGAAUCAGCCCGAUCGCAAGAAGUUCAGGGGUGUGCUGCCGCAAGCAUUGCGGGGAGGCGUAUCGCACACGAAAGCUGGUGCUCCAAUCUGCUAUGGGCACAACCUUGGGACCUGUGGCCAUACAGGGGACCGCUGUGACAAAGGCUCCUUCAAGGUCGCAGCUCCUCCUUCAGUUUUGCCGAGCGACUUGAAGCAUGUCGGGCACUCGCCUACCGAUUUUCCUGCUCGCGUCGAGCAGCUGGCUCGGACGAUGUCUGACCGUCCCACAGCCGAUGAUCUUUUGCAGCUUUUUGCGGAGUUACCUGGCGAAGUCAUGUGCCGGUUUCUUCGGAUGCAGGCACCUCAUCGCCCGUUUGGGGCGUUGGCAAUCUUUCAGAAUCUCAAGGCUGAUCUGCAUCGUGACAUCAAUAAUGACGGCGGGCUUUCUGCAGCCUUCAUCAGGCUAGGGGGCGAUGCACUGGGUGUGGACCGUGUGGUUCGUUCACGAACUGUUCGGGCCCCCGCUGUGAAGCUGGAUCUGACUCGGGCAGAUCACCAGGCACUGAUCAAGCAGGAGGUUCAGCGUGCAGAUGUUGUCUGGCUUGCGCCCCCGUGUGGCACUGGCUCCAGGGCGCGCGACAUCCCUUUGCCGACCCAUCUGCCAGCCGAUGCUUCUCUUUCUGCAAAGCCACUUCGGAGUGCUGCGCACCCGGAGGGUCUUCCGGACCUUGCGGGUACUGAUGCUCGCCGUGUGAGGUCUGCAAAUCAGCUGUAUGCAUUCUCGUCGGAGAUUCUUGAGCUGUGCGUGCAUUUGGGCAAGGUCUGUGUCGUCGAGAAUCCGCGGCCACUCGUCUGCUAUCCACACAGCGACGGGCAGCAUGCUCACAAGUCAUGGGGCGUCGCCCGAAAGGCCGGGCGCUGGAACUUUCAGACCAGUGGGACUGCAGCCUAUCCGCCUGCCUUCUGCAAAGCCGCGGCGUCUGACUUGAUCGACAUCUGUGCUUCUUUCAAUGCGUUUCCACGCCAAGAAGUGGUUUCGGACACAUUUGCAGUGGCGGCGGCCGUGGGGCGACAGCCACGUGGCUUCACUCAUCAGGUCGGACCCUCCGAGUUUGGUUCUACUUGUACCAUGCGUGUGCCUUUGCAUGUGGCGGUGCCCGACAUCAUUGACUCUGCAGCCCCGUGGCCUUUGCAAGGGCUACCGUCUGGCUCUCGUCUGCUGAGCUCUCGGACGCUGUCGGACAAUGGGGGUUCAGAGGGCGUCCGCGAGGUGAAGUUUGGCAUCUACCGUACCCCAGAAGCUUUUCUUGCUGAGGCGUCCAAGACCCGACAUCCCUUCGAUGUGCCAUCGAACUUCGACAUGGGCAACAUUCAGGCCAUGCAAGUCAUCUUGAGUCAAGGAGUGGAAGGCGUCAAAAAUCUUCGGGAGAGAGUGCUGUCUUACUACAAGGGUAGGGAAGCAGCGCUCCGUCCGGAGGAAGAGGCCCUCAGAGCUACUAUGGAUCCGGAGGUUCGAAAGGUGAUGGAAGGCAAGAAUUUCCUCCUCUUUCAAGGGAUGCUUCGGGAUGCAGGUGUGGAGGACCCUCAUCUUCUCCGUGACAUGACGCAAGGUUUCAGGCUCAUUGGUCCCCUGGAACCGUCAGGCCAGUUUCCCAGGAAACUCAGGCCGGCAGGUAUCGAUGUUUCCCACUUGAAGGCGAUGGCCCGGUGGUCCAAGCACCUGGUGGAGGCUUCGUGUCGGAGAGCUGUACAGGAUCAGGAGAUCGCCAAGGCUGUGUGGUCGGAGACCAUGGAGCAGGUGGAGAAGGCCUGGCUCAAAGGGCCAUUCAGCUGGGAGGAGAUCGACAAGAAAUAUCAGGGCUGCUGGGUCCCGUCGAAGCGCUUUGGAGUUGCUCAGGCUGACAAGGUGCGGAGCGUGGACGACUUGUCGGAGUUCUUGAUCAAUGCUGCUGUUACAGAGACCGAGAAAAUCAUGUUGGAGGGAAUCGACCAUAUAGUUUCCUUGGCGCGUUUUUUUAUUGGUGCUACAACGGCGGGGGUGUCGUCUUUCAAGCUUCCUUCUUCCUCAGAAGAGUGGAUCACUGGACAGGUUCACCCGGAUUGGAGAGCCGGGAGAGCCCGGCGUCUUUUCGGGCGUGCUCUGGAUUUGAAGGCGGCCUACAAGCAGCUUGCUCGCCACCCGGAUGACGGAUGGGUGUCGGUGUUGGCUGUUCUCGACCCCGACAAGGAUGUGGUUCACUAUUUUGAGGCAGUGGCGCUACCCUUCGGCGCGGUGAGCUCGGUGACCGGGUUUAACCGCACCGCUCGAGCUUUGAGGAAGGUGCUGACCAAUCUUUUCUUCUUGAUUACUACGAACUUCUACGACGAUUACUGCCAAAUGGAGUUAGAGCCUUUGCGGGAUUCGGCACGCACGACUGCCGAAGCCGUGCUGGACCUACUUGGAUGGAAGAUUGCGCAGGGCAUCAAGGCGCUGCCCUUUUCGCAGUCCUUCAACAUGCUGGGGGCGUGCAUUUCUUUUGAGAACGCUUACAAAGGCGAAGUCGUGGUUCGAAACAAGGAAGGAAGGCUUGAAGCUAUCGAAGAGAUCGUGCAGCAGUGCAUUGCCAAACGCCGGUGUGACCCGAAGGCCAUUCUUUCAGUCAAGGGCAAGCUGUUGUUUGCUGCUGGGAAUGUCUUCGGCAAGUGUGCUCAGAUUGCUACCCAGCUUAUCUCGCAAUGUGGGAGCGAUGGCUUUCGCAUGGACCGCGAGAGGACCGAUGUGCUUCUGACUGCACUUCAGUUUGCCUUGAAUACUCUGAAAUCUUCGGGAGCACGCUGCGUGGGUGCCUGGAGUCAGCAGCCCCCUGUCCUGGUGUUCACGGACGGGGCCUGUGAACAGGAAGGCUCUCUUGUGAUUCACGGUGCUCUCCUCUACGAUCCUGUUUCCGGUCGAAAGGAAGUCUUCGGCGAUCACGUCCCUGAGUCGCUCGUGGCCGCGUGGAAACGCGGCGGUCGAAAGCAGGUGAUUUAUUUUGCUGAGAUCUUUCCCGUGGUGGUGGCGAAGGCUACUUGGAAGGAUGUGAUCGCUGGACGUCGAGUCCUCUUCUUCUUGGACAAUGAAGGUGCUCGUUUUACUUUCAUCCGUUCGUAUUCUGCUCAGGUGAAUGCCACUUCUUUGCUGAUGCAGUCUGCUAAACUGGAUGUGGAGUCGAGGGUAUUGGGAUGGUACAGUCGCGUCCCGUCAAAGAGCAAUCCGUCCGAUGCAGCCUCGCGCCUGGCUUUCGAUUCAUACUCCGAUUGUCGGCGUGUGAGUCCCGUUUACGAUGCCCUGCUGCCAGAAGUCAGUUGA